CGCAUAUCCACAGCCUCGGGCACAGUGUGGCCACCACUGUUGAUGCCACCAUGAAGCUCUCAGAUAUCACUGUUGUGAGUAAACAUAGGGAAAACCAGCUGUAACAUGCUACCUGAAUAGAAGUUGUGACUCACAUUUUGAUGCUAGGUUGUACAGGCUGGAAAAAGCUGGAGAGUACUGCCUCUGCUAUGUGGCACCUGUGACAGAUCAGGAGCAAAUGUAGACAAGCUGGCGAUGGAAAGAGUUAAUGCUGGUGCCCCAGAAAAGCCAGAUAUGAAGCUGGCUACUCAAGAAGACACAAAUGAAGGUGACACUAAUGAAAGUCCAUUACAGAUUCUUUCCAGCAAUGUGGCUCUUCUGGUUCCAGAGUUCUUGGACACAGCUCAGGCCAAAGAGAAGUCCUUUGUUCCCAUGGUCAACAACACGCUCUAUGUGCCCACAGAGGAGUCUGAGGUCCCACAGCAGGGUGGUGACAUUCCCAAGUUCUCAGCAAACACCAUCCAGCCCAAGGAGGACAACAUCUCUAAGUCCCCAGAAAAAACCAUUCAUCCCAAGCUGAGCAAUAUCCCUAAAUCCCCAAAAGAAGCCAUCUAUUCCAAGCUGGGAAGUACCCCCAAGUCCCCAAAAGAAGCCAUCCAUCCUAAGCUGAACAGAAUCCUUGAGUCACCAAAAGACAUCACCCAACCCAAGCUGGGCAAUAUCUCCAAGUCCCCAGAAGACACCUCCUAUCCUAAUCUGGGCAGUAUCCCCAAGUAUGCUAAAGAAACCACCCCUCCCAAGAUGGGCAAUAUGCCAAAGUCUCCAGAAGACACCACCUAUCCCAAGUUGGGCAAUAUCACCAAGUCUCCAGAAGACUCCAACCAUCUCAAGCUGGGCAGUAUCCCCAAAUCCCCCAAAGAAACCACCUAUCCCAAGCUGGGCAGUAUCCCCAAGUCUCCAGAAGACACCACUCAUCCCAAGCUGGGCAGUAUACCCAAAUCCCCCAGAGAAACCACCCAUCUCAAGUUGGGCAGUAUCCCCAAGUCCUCAGAAGAAACCACCCAUCCCAAGCUGGGCAAUAUCCCCAAGUUCCCAGAAGACACCACCUAUCCCAAUCUGGGAAGUAUCCCCAAGUCCCCCAAAGAAACCACCCAUCCCAAGCUGGGCAGUAUCCCCAAGUCCCCGGAAGACACCACCUAUCCCAAUCUGGGAAGUAUCCCCAAGUCCCCUAAAGAAGCCACCCAUCUCAGGCUGGGCAGUAUCCCCAAGUCCUCAGAAGAAACCACCCAUUCCAAGCUGGGCAAUAUGCCCAAGUUCCCAGAAGACACCACCUAUCCCAGUCAGGGAAGUAUCCCCAAGUCCUCAGAAGAAACCACCCAUUCCAAGCUGGGCAAUACGCCCAAGUUCCCAGAAGACACCACCUAUCCCAAUCUGGGAAGUAUGCCCAAGUCCCCCAAAGAAACCACCCAUCCCAAGCUGGGAAAGAUGCCCAAGUUCCCAGAAGGCACCACCUAUCCCAAUCUGCGCAGUAUCCCCAAGUCCCCCAAAGAAACCACCCAUCCCAAGCUGGGCAGUAUCCCCAAGUCUCCAGAAGACACCACUCAUCCCAAUCUGGGCAGCAUCCCCAAAUUCCCCAAAGAAGCCACCCAUCUCAAACUGGGCAGUAUCCCCAAGUCCUCAGAAGAAACCACCCAUCCCAAGCUGGGCAAUAUCCCCAAGUUCCCAGAAGACACCACCUAUCCCAAUCUGGGAAGUAUCCCCAAGUCCCCCAAAGAAACCGCCCAUCUCAGGCUGGGCAGUAUCCCCAAGUCCUCAGAAGAAACCACCCAUCCCAAGCUGGGCAAUAUCCCCAAGUUCCCAGAAGACACCACCUAUCCCAGUCAGGGAAGUAUGCCCAAGUCCCCCAAAGAAACCACCUAUCCCAAGCUGGGCAGUAUUCCCAAGUUCCCAGAAGACACCACCUAUCCCAGUCAGGGAAGUAUCCCCAAGUCCUCAGAAGAAACCACCCAUUCCAAGCUGGGCAAUACGCCCAAGUUCCCAGAAGACACCACCUAUCCCAAUCUGGGAAGUAUGCCCAAGUCCCCCAAAGAAACUACCCAUCUCAAGCUGGGCAGUAUCCCCAAGUCCUCAGAAGAAACCACCUAUCCCAAGCUAGGCAGUAUCCGCAAGUCCCUAGAAGAAUCCAUCCACCCAAAGCUGGGUAGUAUCCCCAAGUCCCCAGCAAACAUCAUCCAGCCCAAGCUGGGCAGUAUCUCCAAGUCUCCAGAAGACACCACCCAUUCCAAGCUAAGCAGUAUCCCGAAGUUCCCAAAAGAAAUCACCCAUCCCAAGCUGGGCAGUAUCCCCAAGUCUCCAGCAAAUACCAUCCAGCCUAAGCAGGGUGACAUCCUCAAAUUCUCAAUGAAAACAAUCCAGCCGGAGGAGGGUGAACUCCCCAAGUCCUCAGAAGAAAUGAUCCAGGAAGGCAAUAUCCCCAAGGCUUCAGAAGAAACGAUCCAGUACACAGAAGGUGACCUCCCCAAGGGCUCAGAAGAAGCCAUCCAGUUCAAGGAAGGCGACUUUCCGAAACCCAAAGAAGAAACAAUGGAGUUCCUGGAGGUGGACAUGGUGAGAAUGAUCCUGAGCAAGGAGGACUUCAAGGCAGCGCUCAAGGAGGCUGGAGAGAGGUUGGUGGCUGUGGACUUCUCGGCCACGUGGUGUGGGCCCUGCAGGAUCAUGCGGCCAGUCUUCCAUGCCCUGUCUGUGGAGCACGAGGACGUGGUAUUCCUGGAAGUGGAUGCUGACGACUGUGAGGAGCUGGUGCAAGACUGUGCGGUCAUGAGCAUCCCAACCUUUCAGUUUUAUAAGAAAGAAGAAAAGGUGGGUGAGUUCUCUGGUGCCCUUAAGGAAAAACUUGAAGAAAUCAUUGAAGAAUUAAAGUAACCAUAUAUUCUGAAAACAUUGUAAACAGUCAGCUGCUUACAGUUUGUGAUUUAUUAUUUACAAAAAAUUAUCAGGUAUAACAAAUGUGUAUGUCCAAAUGGCCCUGCCUGUACAUUGUUAAGUAUUAACUCUGCCCUUUAGAAAAAAUAGUCCAAGCAUUAAAGCACACUGUGACUAUGUUUUUGUUGCUAGUAGACUGUGAAAUCAGAAAUUCCUUUGGUGGAGAGUGGUAGUCCCCUUGUCCCCUACUUUUCAAUCUUGUUUUUUUUUCCCCACUUGCCCUUGAAAAUUCCAUUCAUUUAGUGUUUGCAGGAACAUUGGAAAGGUAGAUAAUUCCUCUGCAGAAGUAAAUGAUUGAAAGAGGAGUGAAAAUUUCUUUUCUCGUGCUCAUGUUAUCUUUGUGGAUUCUGAUAAGAUACUUCUGGAAAUAAAGAAUUUGAGAGAUUCCAUGCCUUAGCCAACCUCCUUCUCGUGCCUGGAGUGCUAUGGAGGCCUUGAGCAAUUCACUGGGUUCUCCAAGAUGUGAUUUGCUGGAGGCAGAGCUGAGACCAAGUCUAUGUUUCCAGAUUCCAAGUCCAGGACUCUACCUACUAAUCCAUGCUCACAAAAUCUGAGACAGUGCUUAGAACUUCAGGUUUCUCCAGGGCUUACCUCCAUGGAACGCUUGCUGCCAUUAUGACAUCAGCACCCCAGUGGCAAAGUUACCAGUGUGCCAAAGUUCCUGCUUUGUCUUCCUGGUAAUUGGGUUCUUGAUACCUGCUCCCAAAUGUCCGUGAGUCCAAAGGCCCAGGUUUGGGCUAAAGAUGGUGGCUUGGUCCAGAGUGGUUUUUUUAAAACACUUUUCUUGGAGGAGGAGAGGAGCUCAAAAUAAGUAAGUAACUGGAGUCAGAGUGAGACCAAGCGCUUGGCGAGGAUGGGAGAGAUGGACACCUCAUACAAUCCUGACGGAAGUGUGAACUGCUACAACCAUUUGGAUGAACAGUGCACAGUCUGAAUUGAAAUAGGAAGUAUCCUUGAUCCGGCAGUCCCACCACUGGAAAUCUCUCUGCGGAAAUAAAAGCGUCCGAUGGUAAA